AUCAAGCAUAUUUCAGGUGGAUGGAAUAUGCUAAAAUGCUUUGGAUUGCUUCGAUUCGAAUCAGCUGCCCAUGCUAGAAGGUGGUUGGAAAUUGACAAAGUAAUUCGACAGCCUGACUUCCUUGGCUCUGUGGAUAUAUUUAUGCUGCCCUUGAAAAAAUCAGAUAUGACAAACAGAGGCUAUCCCAUCAUACAACUUAUAAGUCUUCAUAUUACCUUUCUUGAUAUUUAUGUGAAACAAUAUCUCACGAAAAUGGAGGAAGCUGUAAAGUUAUUUGGUGGCAUACCUCAUGUUGUAUGCCAUCAGAAACCUUGGACAAUCAGAGGAAACCAACUGCCAGGUUCUAUAAUAAUAAAUCAAUGGCCAGACUUCACGCACUUCUUGAAUUAUAAAACUUCAGGUGAAUGUAGACUUUGA